UCCUUCUGUUGACAACAAUGCGGUUCCGUUUCUGUGGGGAUUUGGACUGCCCUGACUGGGUUCUUGCUGAAAUCAGCACGUUAGCAAAAAUUUCAAGUGUCAAGAUGAAACUCCUUUGUGCUCAAGUGUUGAAGGAUUUAAUGGGAGAGGGUAUUGAUUAUGACAAAGUUGCAAAGCUGACUGCAGAUGCAAAGUUUGAAAGUGGAGACAUCAAAGCCAGCGUGGCGGUGCUCAGCUUUAUUUUGUCCAGUGCGGCAAAGCAUGAUGUUGACAGUGAGUCUCUGUCCAGUGAGCUGCAACAGCUUGGGCUGCCUAAAGAACACACUACAGGGCUUUGCAAAUCAUAUGAAGACAAGCAUUCUGCACUUCAGGACAAAUUAAGAGAAACCAGCUUGAGAUUGGGGCGGCUUGACUCCGUGUCCUGGCGUGUCGAUUAUACUCUGAGCUCAAGUGACCUUAGGGAAGUCAAUGAACCGUUACUACAGCUUAAACUUCAGACUCAAAAUGCUGAGCCAGGCUCUUCUGAGACAACGGUCGUUUCUGUCUCCGCUGACAAGUUCAGAGUCUUGCUUACUGAGCUAAAACAAGCCCAGGCUAUGAUGAAUGCACUACAAUGAAGACUGGAAAACUAAUAUUUGAUGAUGAACUGGACAAAACUGAUGCUGAUAAACUGCCAAAAGUGCCAAUAUUACUUCAACUUGUAUAAUAUUAAUUAUGUGUGUGAAUCGGGUCAUAUCAAAUUUUAGGAGACUCUUUCUUUGUUUGAAUGUACUGACAUUAAAAAGUAUUUUUCUACCACUUUAUUAAGUAUUGGUGGAAAUGUUUCCAGACUGAAAUUGGUCACUGAGCUAAAUCACACAAUUGUCCUUUCUUUCUUUUUUUUUUUGUUGUAA